UCAUUUCUUCCAUGAGAAAGUGUCCUAGAAUUCAAGUUCAGCUGCUUCCUUCCUCCAAUCAAAAUGGCAUCAAGGAGAAUUCUCAAAGAGCUCAGGGAAUUGCAAAAAGACCCUCCUACUUCCUGCAGUGCAGGUCCGGUGGCACAAGAUAUGUUUCAUUGGCAAGCAACCAUAAUUGGGCCAAAUGAGAGUCCAUAUGCAGGAGGUGUUUUCCAAGUUACCAUCCAUUUCCCACCUGAUUAUCCUUUUAAACCUCCCAAGGUUGCCUUCAGGACAAAAGUUUUCCAUCCAAAUAUAAAUAAUAAUGGUAAUAUUUGCUUGGAUAUUCUAAAGGAUCAGUGGAGCCCCGCUCUCACCAUAUCAAAUGUUUUACUUUCGAUAUGUUCGUUGCUAACCGACCCGAACCCAGAUGAUCCAUUGGUUCCAGAAAUUGCUCACAUGUAUAAAACUGAUAGAGCCAAGUAUGAAUCAAUGGCCCAGGGCUGGACCCAUAAAUAUGCAAUGUGUUGAUAAUUUAUAUCAAGUUUAUUAUUUUUGUGUCGAAUUAAUUAAUUUCUAUAUUGAGUGUAGAAGUAGAAAACUUUGAGUGGAUAUGCUCUAUAGUUCAUGUUUAAUAAAUUGAUUGAGUAUUGCUUGGAUUUGUGCUGAAAUGGAAUGUGGGUAAUCCCUUUUUAGCGAGAUU